UCUAGAUGUUAUCAGCAGCUAUGAGAAAUGACACAUGUUCCAUCGACCUUAUAAUACUUGUCACUUGUUUUAAAUUGACAUUGAUAUAAAAUGUAUAAUUUUCAUCGCAAGUGUUCGAAUUUAUUAUUAAAGGAAACAAAGACAAUUCAGAGGUUGUUUAAAACUAGAGGUGGGUCAAGCUAUUAUUAUUUAUUUUAACUCGGCUAAUACAGAACAAAGACGAUUCGGCCUUAAUUAGAAGUAGUUGCCGGGUCGCGGAUGCGACAGAAUAAUGUACUCCUAAACUCAGACGAACCCAGGUAUGGUAUUAAGUUGACUGUAGGAUGCUGCAAGAUCAUUUGAAAGUUGAGAAAAUUUUAAAGACUUGGAUUUUCGGGAAGCAACCCAGCAUGACAAGAAAGCAGUUUUAACACUACGCCAUAAUGUGUAUAGAGGACUGGACUACCUAGCAGACUACUAUGACUAUUUUAUACAAGACAGCAACAGACGCUGUAUCGUCGGAGAAAUUGGAUGGAAAAGUGGUUUCGUUCGGCGUGAUUUUAUUUCUGGACGGCAAAGAAUCUAUCUUAAGUCAAGCUGGACGAGUACACGAAAUGUACGAGGGACGGGGAAUAUUUGGUGCAAUGAAUGAAUACUUCAAUCAGAUAGCCCUUGAACAUGGUUGUAAACGCCGUGUAGCAUUGGUGGAGACAUCAUUCAAUAAACACGCCAGAUCAGAAAGAUUCAAACGUUCGCAUGUGGAAAUCACUUCAAAGGGGACAAAUAUUUCCAAGUGUUUAAUAAAUAUUAAGAUAAAAAAGUUUUCGCAGAUGAAAUGAAUAAUUCUAACACUUUUAAGAUUUUCUUUUAUAUAAACAAAGAAGGAUUUUACCAUGUAUUGUCUUGUCGAUUUAAACACG